GCAGUGUCGCUCACGUGUUUUGCUCCCGCCCUCUGCUCUCCUCAGUUGGUUCCCUUCAUUCGGAAUAACUUCUAGUUAAUGGAUAGUACGACUUUUUGUGCUGCAAGGAAUAUAUCGUCAUCUAUAUGUAGGACUAUAUAGGCUACACUUCCUAAAAGGGGACACUUGUCAGAGACAGACUCAUGGUAUGAGUGUGAUUGAAGGCAGCAGAAUUGGUGGAGUUUAGGAUAAUAGAAGAUUAAAUGGACUGAAGAGCUCAGAGCAAAAGGAGGCAUCGCGGGGGGAGAGAUAUGAGGGAUUAUGGACUAACCUGGUGAAUGACCUGUCCCAGAGCGACUCCUUUCUUUCGAGACCCAGACAAAUCGCGUUGCAGAUCAUUGACUGCCUUUUACCUGCUUCUCGAAACAUCUGGCGUGCAGACACAGCUGAACUGUGGAGCAGAGGAGUGGAAGAAAGAGAGCAGAGAGAAAUACACCAGGUUGUCUGAUGCAUGUACAAUAGGCUCUGCAGACCAGUCAUGGGACGGAAUCAGCACUUCACCAGUCUCUGAAGAGUCUUCCACAAAAUGACCCCACCGGGAAUGAAAACGACACGGCCUCUCUGUCAUCCGAUAUCUGAUCAGAAACUGAGACAGACUCAUUCAGACACCAUCAGUAUUGUAACUGGAUUUAUCUCCAAAAAAAGCACUGAACUGAGAAAUAGUGGUGAUUCGACUCUCUGAUUGCACACAUCCAUCAACAUUUGGAUUCUUGGUGAUCAAAAUGCUUCUGUCAUAAAUCUGGCAGUCACAGACCUUGAAGCGGGACUUCUUGUGAUGAAAUGCAUCGAGUGGGGACCCGAAGCUCCUUUGGAUGAUUCUGCUGGAUGACCACCUGAAGAGCACAAAGACUUAGAUAGCGCCCAUCGUUUUUCACUCACCCCAUGCAAGACCAAGGCUAGUGAAUACGCGUGAGGCGUGUCCCACUCAGCCAACGAAAACAGCCGUCACUUUGCCACCAUUUUUUCAUUUCCACUUAGAAUCAAAGGGAUAUUUCUUUCCCUUUUACUGGAGUUAAAGGCAUCCCAUUGGGAAAUGUUACAUUGAAUGAGAUUUGAUUGAUCUCUGAAUUAUAGUUCUGGGGUAUUAAAUUCACUUCCUGUGUGGGCAUUCCCACUAAGUUACAACAAUGAGUUUGGGCAAACUGCCUGGAAUGAAAAGCUUGAUGUCUGGUUCCCAGGGGAGGCGGCCCUUUAAGAGUGAUCUGUCAGUGGAUAUGAUCAGCUCUCCGCUGGGCGACUUCCGCCACACCAUGCAUGUGGGUCGUGGUGGCGACGUCUUUGGUGACACGUCUUUUCUUAGCAACUAUGGCGGAGUGGCUGCGGGUGACGGAAGCUCUGGUGGGUUCUUCUCACGCACUCUCCGCCACGUGCGCAAGACCCCAUCCCGUCCCCGGUGCGGCUCCAGAGAGCUCUCUCCCCCACCCCCGCCCAUAUCCCCCAUCAUCAAGAAUGCCAUCUCGCUGCCGCAGCUGAACCUUGGCGGUUCCAAUGGCUGCCUGCAGAGGGUGCUGUUUCCCAACUCUCCGGGUUCUACCUAUGGUAUGCAGUCUGGUUUUCUCACAUUGCCUCGCCCAUCACGCACCGACCGAGAGCCACCUCCCAGCUCUAAUACCUACACCGCAGAGCUUCACUACGAAUCCAUCUCAGACUGCGCUGGGUUACCUUUGGCGCGCUCUGACUCACUCACCUCGUUCACAGUGGAUCUGGGACCCUCCUUGAUGAGCGAGGUGUUUGCGCUGAUUGACAACCCUGCCUGUGACCUGGGGGCCAAUCACAGCUGGAUGGGGGAGGAGCUUGAGGUCUCUCCAAGGCCGACUGCCAGUGGCACAGCGGUGACGGCUUCCACAAUGGAACUGGGGCUGCUAAAGGACUGGAAUGGUAGGAGGAGUCCGGACAUCCAGGGGUGCCUAGAGGAAGGAGGGUCUCCCGAAAUGGCAAUGGCAGAUGUGGGUGCGGGACAUUCUGUUUGGCAGGAGCCAGCUAUGGAGCCUGAGAAGUUUCAAAAGGCUGCCGAUGUGCUGGAUCAUCAUUAUGGGGGUCGCAGACUCUUAAAAUGUCUACAGACUGAAGACAACCCUGGUGGCGACUCCAGAGUCAUCACACAGAAGAGAGCCCCCUACGCCUACCCAGAAGAGGAGGACGAAAUCAAAGUCUGAAGACUGUCUGGAUUUGUUCUCCGAUCCUUCUGAGAGUGCCUAUAUCUCCAGAGACUGUCGGGCAGUGGCUCGGAUGCCCUGGCUGAACGGCCCAGCUGACAUGAAAAACAUGCAUGCUCAGCUGCUAGAAAACGAUGAUUAUUCAACUAAUCCAGGACAUUCUAGAAAAACUAUACUGGGAAAGCACAAGAGCUCGGGCUAUAACGUUGCAAUUCCUCAGGCCACCUGCUACGUGUGCAGUUAUCCACCCAUCUUGAUGAAUCAGGAGUCUAUUCCUGAAUGUGAUGCAGGGGACGACCUAGAAAGGCUGCUAACCUGUUACAGGGCACAUGCAUCAUCGAGAGAUAGAAAUUCAUCUCGGUGUAUGUACACCUUAAGGUGUCAGGCCACAGUGAUAGUCACUAAGCCACUGUGCCAACCACACAUGCACCCUUCCUGAACUGUCACAUUCGCUUUGAGCCAUGUUGCCUUCACCUCCAUGUCAAUGGAAACCGUACUGACUUUUCUCAGAUUGCUCAGGUUAACAAGUGGCACGUAAAACACAGAUUGUUUAUUUCACCCAGAAAUAUUCAGAGCUGGAACUUUGUAAAGGUUGUAGGAAAUGGACUGAAAUUAACAGACAAGCAGUAUUUGUGAAAGCAGCCUUCUGUACAUGCGAGUCAUUGUGAAUAAGCAAGCUUUCCCAGACUGUUUCAUUUCACCAUUCUGGAUCAUUUACAGCUGCCUUUAUUUUUUAGAAAACAGGUACUUUCAGUUCCCGCUAUUUUAAUCCAAUACGUCACACAGCAUUAAUGCAAACAGGAAACCACCUGCUUUUAGAACAUCAGAAACCAAAUGCGAACGGUGUAGCAUCCAGUCUUGAAAGAUUAACAGAUCGUCAAAUUUAAGAGCAUAUUUAGAUGGAUUUGUGGCUCUUUCUGUAAAUUACUGGGGAGAUUAGCUGCUCUUACACCUGCAAGACUACAGAAGAAAUAGCAGACGAAGUACCAUUAAAAAGAAAAGAGUAAUUCAGCUGCGGUGAAUUUAGCCUUUAGAUGAGUCAUUGUAUUGUUUUCGCUAGUAUCUUUGUGCUCACCGCAAGAAAUAUACUGCACGCGGAAAUGUAAUGCAUAGAAGAAGCAAACUGCAAGCAAGUUAUAUGAAAGAUUAGGCACAAUUAUAACUGCAAAGCUUUUCACACAGACACAGAGUUUCCUCCAUGCAUACAGUAUGGUAACGGAUUAUGAGGGAACUAGCUGGCAUAGGAACACAAGGGAAAAUGUACAAAACCAGAGUGUAACUGGCACACUCACAAAUAAUAUCCUCAUCAUACAGUAUGAUAAUAAAACGCUUCUGACAAACA